UGAAUCAAUCGUUUUUGGGGGGAAGAGAGGAAAAAGUACCAACUGGUCUCCUUCCCCCGCCCCCUCUCUCCAAGUCCUCGAACAUCCUCCGCUCCAGAGGGAGGCUUACUUGAUCAAGAGCCCGAAAGCCCUUCGCAUGUAGACGGGGCUCCGCAGGGUCGGGCGGGCUGGGCGAGGCGGUUCUGGGUGCGAGGGCGCGGACCAGUGGGGAAUGUGCGCGGCAGCCUAUCGAUGCGAUAAAUAUUGCAUUGGCUCAGGGGAAGGUGCCUGCUGCGUUAACACACGCAGAAUAUGCAGGAGGUGGGAGAGGCUGGGCGCGCCCCCGCCGACGUCGGGAGCGCGCUCCGACUCCCCCGCCGACCUGCAGCCUGCCGAAAGGUGGGGGGCGAGAGGAAAAAUCGCCGGUCGUCGGGAGUGGAGGGCGGGGGACCCCCUAAACCUCCCCAGGCCCCCCAAAUGGCUCUUGCCUCUCGGGUGCAGAGGCCGGGCAGCGGUGGGAAGGGAUGCAGAGAUGGACUCUCCGCCGGCGCCUGCACUUUGCAACUCCGAGCCUAGAGUUGGGGGUGGGAGGGUCCCUGGCAGCCGUCCCUCCCCAUCCUCCCGCCCUGUUCGGCUCUCGAGGAGUCGAAGCGGUCAAGGAGAGAGGAUGGCGCCCGUGCGGGGCCUGUGGCUGGCCUGGGCGCUGCUGGGGACGGCCCGGGGGUGCCCGGAGCCCUGUGCCUGCGUGGACAAGUACGCUCACCAGUUCGCCGACUGCGCCUACAAGGACCUGCAGACGGUGCCGUCGGGGCUGCCCGCCAACGUGACCACCCUGAGCCUAUCGGCCAACAAGAUCGCGGCCCUGCCGCGCAGCGCCUUCGCCGAGGUGCCCCAGGUCACCUCCCUGUGGCUGGCGCACAACGAGAUCGGGGCCAUCGAGCCGGGGGCCCUGGCCGUCCUGAGCCAGCUGAAGAACCUGGACGUGAGCCACAACCAGAUCGUCGACUUCCCCUGGGGCGACCUGCACAACCUGAGCGCCCUGCAGCUGCUGAAGAUGAACAACAACCGCCUGGCGGCCCUGCCGCGGGACGCCUUCCUCACGCUGCGGGACCUGCGCUCCCUCCGCAUCAACAACAACCGCUUCAGCGGCAUCGCCGAGGGCACUUUCGACGCGCUGACCUCGCUGUCCCACCUGCAGAUCUACAACAACCCCUUCGACUGCUCCUGCCGCCUCCUCUGGCUCAAGGCCUGGGCGGAGCGCACGCUCAUCUCCAUCCCCGAGCGCGACUCCAUCGCCUGCGCCUCGCCGCCCUCGCUGCAAGGGGUGCCCCUGGCACGCCUGCCCGACCUGCGGUGCUCGCCCCCGGGGGUGCGGCUGACCACCCAGCCCGACCUGGCCGGCGCCGAGCUGCAGGACGGCUGGGCCCUGGCGCUGCACUGCGCGGCCAGCGGGCACCCGCCGCCCCGGCUCCAGUGGCGGCUGCAGACGGCCGGGGGCGCCGUCCUCAUCGAGGGUCCCGACGCCGACGACGGGGAUGGCAAGGACCUGCCCGCCGAGCCCCCCCGAAGACCCCCGUCCCGCUUCCUGGCCCUGGGCAACGGCACCCUGCUCAUCCCGCGCCUGAGCAAGAAGGAGGAGGGAACGUACACCUGCCGGGCGGACAACGAGCUGGGCAGCAACGAGUCGUCCAUCAGCGUGGUCGUGGCCGGGCCGCACAAGUACCCGGCCGGCCCCCUCGGGGAGCUCCCGGGCCCGGGGGGAAAGGGGCAAGGCGGGGAGGGGAAAGUGGCGAGCCGGGGCUACGGGAACAGCGUCCUGACCAGCAAAUCCGAGGAGAGGACCAAGACGUGGGGCGCGGGACCGGCCCGGGGCCCCGGCUCGGGGCCGGCGGGGAGAGGCCCUGCGGGGGCCGGGGACGGGGACGAGGGGGUCGGGGAGGGCGGAGAGGAGGACCCGCUCCAGCCGCUGCCCUUCGAGCCUCGCUGCGGCCGCGGCGACCCCACCCUCUACGUGUCCAACCACGCCUUCAACCGCAGCGCCGAUCUCAAGCCCCACGCCUUCGACCUGGGGGUCAUCGCCCUCGACGUGGCCGAGCGCGAGGCCAAGGUCCAGCUGACCCCCUUCGCCUCCCGGCCGGACAAGCGACACCUGCGCGUCCUCUACCUGUGCGCCGAGGGCCGGCGGCCCUCCGUGCUGCAGUGGUCUCGGAUCGAGGACGGGGUGAACUCGUACUGGUUCCGCGGCCUGGCACCGGGCACCAACUAUUCCGUGUGCCUGGCCUACGUCGGGGAGGACUGCCAGGUCCAGGUCGUCUUCACCACCAAGAAGGAGAUCCCUUCGCUCAUCGUCAUUGUGGUGGUCAGUGUGUUCCUGCUGGCCCUGGCCACCGUGCCCCUCCUCGGGGCUACCUGCUGCCACCUGCUCUCCAAGUACCACGGGAAAACCUACCGCCUCAUCAUGAAGACCCAGAACCCCGACCAGAUGGAGAAGCACAUCGCCGCCGACUUCGACCCCCGCGCGUCCUACCUGGAGUCGGAGAAGAACUUCGGGCCCUGUGAGGCCGGGACCGGGGUCGGGACCGGGGCAGGGACCGGGCCCGGGCUCCGGACCGGGGCCGAGGAGGAGGAGGAGGAGGAGGAAGAGGAAGAAGAGGGGGGCGGCGGGCCGGAGCGGGACGAGAGCCCGGUAGCCGGCUCUCUCCCCGACUCCCAGUCCAAGGCUAAUCAGGAGGAGUUCGAGGCCAGUUCCGAGUACAGCGAUCGGCUCCCGCUGGGGGCCGAGGCGGUCAGCAUCGCCCAGGAAAUCAACGGCAACUAUCGGCAGACGCCUCGCUGACUCCCUUCCCCCGCCGCCCUGUCCCGCCCUCCCCUUCCACCCUCCCUCCCGGCUUCGGAUCCCGGGACCAAACUCUCAACGCUGAAAAGGAAAAAGGAAAAAAAAAGUGUUACAAAAAUAAAAACCCCAAACGAUCAUAAUAAUUAAAAAAAAAAAAAAACAACCGUCUAGGACGGACCUCGGUCCCUCCGGGCGCCGCCCACCGAGACGACAGAAGGAGGUCACUCCACGUGGCCCAGGAAUUUCGCCUCCCUUCCCUUCCUCCAUCGUCCCCUCUCCCCGAUCCACGGGGGGCUUCAGCAUUCCUAUAAACGGAGUCACGGCCCUCUUUCCCUCCGUUUUCUCCCUUCCCGGCCUCCGAGGGACUGCCCCCUUCUCCACUCCGGUCUCGAGACCAACGAAACCAGGCGGCGACUGAACCAAAUCAAGCAAACGGCCAGCUGUCUCUCGGACCCGCUUGACCCACAAACGAAAAGCAAGGUGCUGGGGCUGGGGCGGGCUCCAGCUGCCCACCAAUUUCGAUUUUGAUUUCCUAAAGAGACUAGGAAUAUGGUGCUGACGGCCCCUACUCCAGGCUCCUGGGGCGGGGGCGGGUUUUUUUCCCUCCCUCCCUUGGCGGGGGGAGGGGUGGGGAUGGGGGUUAAAAGCAGAAAACCCAGCUCUCUCCGGGAGGGUGUGGGUGCUGCCUCGCGUGUUUCGUUGCUAUUGUGUUUGGAUUUCAGAAAGCGGUGGCGCUGGACAGCUCUCCCCCGCGCUCCCGCAAUUUGAUCGGGGUGCGGGAGAGCGGUGGGACGGGAUGGGGAGGGUUUUGCAGGGUCCUCUCGUCCUCCCGCCGCUCCUGAAAUCAACUAGAUGUGAAACCGAUUAGGUCUCCUGGCCCUAGCCCGCGUCUCGGAAGCUGUACUGUAGAGGUUUAAGGUGUAUAUUUGUGUGCGUGUGGACUUCACUUCAACCGUGAGUGCUUUAAAUUUUUUCCUCCCUGUUUGGCACAAAUAAAAGAGAGAGGGAGAGAGAGAGGUUACAGAUCAAGGAAGGAAUCUCUGUUCUUUGUUGACUCUACCCCUCCUCCAGAUAUGUCCCUCACCUAGGACCGUCUUUCCUCAAUGUGUAUCCCUAGAGUAGUGUGCUUUAGAAGGCGUGUGUAAUUCUUGGUGUACAUUGUGGUGUUAACGGGGCGGGUGGGGAGGAGACCCGGGGCCCACGGGGGUCACACUGCCUCCAUCCAAUACGGACUUGGGACAGCGGACACCUCCGUGAUUUUUCUUCCCUUUCUCCUUGGUUUUAAUGAAAUAUUUGAUUUUUAUAUUGUACUUUUUCGCCUCCGUACAAAGCGCGACCAACCACCCACCUCGGCGGAAAGCAGCACAACCCCGGUUUCCGGGGAUUCUCCCUGGGAGAGAGUCAAACUCAGAACUAUCGCCGAGAAGAACCAAAACUGACGAUACCACCUUUUUUUAAACGCAUCUGUAUGUCAAUAAAAAAAUAGAUGAAAAGAGAA